GAAAUAUUGACGAAUGGGAAUAGUAGGUUUUUAAGCGGGAAAAAUGACGUUUAAUGAAUGACAGACGUUAACUGUCGCCGAAAAAGUGUAGACGAUUGUUUUUAUCAAAGGGAGACAAAUUAAAAAGAACUUUGCAUAUUUGAGUUCAAUAAAUGUAAGUAGAUUAUCAAGAUCGACCACAAAUUUAUCUAUAAGUGAAUUUCGUUCCAUGUGUGCCCUAGGUUUGAAGAAAACCGUGUCUUUUCAAUCGCCGAAGAUCAUUGGAUUUUUCUACUUACUACAGUUGCUAUUCAGAAAUAAUUUCUAUGAGCCUUCAAGAUAAACAAUACAUACGGCACCUAACCUCUCAAAUGAUGUCCAAAAGCCUCCUAACAAAUUAGACGAAAGAAAUGUUAAAAUGAAUCGGACAUACCCAUCUCACGUAUCUGUAAAAAAACACCAAGAGUCGCCAAAAACUGACCAACAUUUGCAAAACAGGGAAGAGGAAAUAACUAAUAAACAAACAAUAGGGCUUAUUUCAAAAUUCACCAGAGGAAAACAGUCAUUAUCUUUACAGAUGUUUCAAGAACAACAGUUACCUAAUAGUACCACAGAUUCAAGACAAUUGGAAAAGAGUACAUCUUCAAACAAAAAUGAAUAUAUCAAUGGUAAAACUGACCCCCUAGCAAUUCAUCAUGUCAGUGUAUUCUCACAAACACAAAAAGACUUCACCAGCAGAAGCUCUAAAAUAAAAUAUAAACAUGUUAAGACAUCCAGUGGUUUCAAGUCCUAUUCACCAAAGUUUUCAUAUAGCAAUGGUUUGCUCAAAUCUACUGUAGAAGUCAGAGAUGCUCUUGCAAAUACCAGUAUUUCACACCAACCUGAAACUUGUAAACUCUCUAACUUACCAGAGUCAAAAUUGACAUAUGGAAGAAAAGUACAUGAGCAACAAAACUUGUAUAGUUUGAAUGAAACUGUACAGGGUAGACAUGAUAUUUUAGAUGUACCAGUUGAAAAUCCUUUAGAUGUCACAAUGGCAGAACCACCAGAAUUUGAUGUUUCGAUUGUAAAUGACCAUAUUUUAGAUGAAGAUAUUAGGCAUGUACCUUUAGGUAUCACUACGAAUAUUAAAGGAGUUGAGGCAGAUAUUGAAGCCUCUGAAUGGUGUACUACCAGUGAAGAGUUUUAUCCUCCAGCAGAAUGUACCAGUGUCGAUAGCAAAGAAAAUCCCAAUUUUGUCAUAGAUAUAAAAAAGGUUAUAAAACCUGUAGGAAAUGUAAAAAUUGUUUGUGGCAAUAGAUUAACUGUAGCAGAUUUAAGUUCACACAGUAUUGAUGAGAGCAGUAUGUUGUUUGAAGAUCUGGAAAUUGAAAUAAUGGACACAUCUUAUUCUGUAAAUAAUAAAUCUUCUGUACAUGUGGAUGAGAUAACAAUUCUUGAAGAUACCAAUAAUAGUAAUGACCAUGACAAAAUAUCUACAUCACCUCUAGUCUCAAGAAAGUCAACAUUGAGAUCGAGUGUAUCACAAUUAAAGAAAAAUGAUACAGUAUCGCCUAUAUCUGUGGAUGAUUUAUCAAUUUUAGAAAAAGCUAAUUACAAGAAAAAAUCUCAACAAUCAGCUUUAAGUAUUAUCAGUGAAAUAUCAUCGUUGUCAGGCAUUAAAAGAGAAAAUGAUAACUCACUGUUAACUUCAAAUUCAAGUAGUCAUAGAAGUUCUGUCUUAGCACCAGAAAAAUCAGCUUCCAGGACAAAUCAAAAUGAAACACUAGAAGAUAUGAAACAGUGUUACUCUGUUGAUAUCACUAGUACAUUUGAAACUCCAACAAUUAGCCCUGAAAGGUCAUCACUGAUAUCCACAUUUGGUAAAAAAGAUACUUCUUUGAUCCUAACGCCAAGUUUAACAACCAGGCCAACCAGGAAACUAAGAUCAAGUAUGAGGCAGAAUCAAGAUUCACAAGUCUUUCCUCAGAAUCAUAAUGAAACAGCUGUAACCUUAGAUCAUAGUAGUCCCAAUAGCAGCAGUCAGUCCCAACAUUUUGUAUCUCAAUCUAAUAAUAAAAAGACUCUAUCACCAUUUGAGGAUAAGCCAUUGUUGCAAGUAUCAACCUUAAAUAAGCAUAUAAGGAAAUUUACACUGAGAUCUGGAAGCUCAGCUAUGAAUAAAAGUGGAAAGUUGGAAGUCAAUGUUGUAAACUUAUGUUUUAGCAGUGAUAAUUAUAUGAACUGCAGUAAUACCAAAGAAAUUGUAGAGCCAGAGGGAUUACCAAAACAGUGUACUACCUCAUUGCCAUUAGAUAAUAGUUACUUAUACCAACACCAAGCACAAAUAUUCAUACUAGGAAGUCCACUUUGCGGCCAAGAAGAUCAGUGAUUCACCAGAUUGGAGAUGAAGGCAAAAUUGUAAAUAUACAUUGUUCUUAUAAUGGAGAUAGUGCCACAUCUGUAGUUUUAGAUAAUAUCACUAGCCCUAAUGAAUGUACUCAAUUAGAAGCAUUAUCUACAUCCUGUGCUACUUCAAAUUGUAACAUGAGAAGUUCAUUAGCAGUGAAGGAUGUCUCACUGUCACUUAUUCCAAGCUCAAAUACAAAUACCAGAAAAUCCACACUGAGAUCAAAAUGCUCAGCAAUAUAUCAGAGUGAAGCUCAAGAAGCCAGUCAUACUGGAAAUGAUGAUAAAUCUUUAGCUCUAAAUAAUACAACUUGUGUAAAGAGUACCAAUGAAGACAUUGCAUCUGGAUUAUUAUCUACACCCUGUGAUUCUUCUUUACCUUUAGAAGAUGGUAUGAACCCCAGCAACAUUAGUAAUAGCACAGAACUUGAUCAAGAAGAUAAUGGCAUGGAUGAUAUCUUAUUCUUAACACCAAGAUCAUAUAAAAAGAGCAGGAGAUCUGCACAACGAUCACAAAGAAAAAAUUUAGAAAUUCUAGACACAAAAAUCGUCAACAUCCAUUCUGGUGAUGACAGUGAUACUUCCUUACCUUUUGAAGAUGUUAUGAGUUCCAGCAACAUUGGUAAAGGUGCAGAACUUGAUCAAAAAGAUAAUGGCAAAGGUGAUUUAUUAUUUUUACCAUCAGGCUCGAAUAAAAACGCCAGAAAAUCUACAAUGAGGUCACAAAGAAACAAGAAUGAAGAUCUAGACACAAAAAUUGUGAACACCUUCUCUGGUGGAGACAUUGAUGUAUCUUUAAUUUUAGAGAAUAUUAUGAGUCCCAUAAACAGUAGUAAAAGCAGAGAUCUUAAUCAAAAAGAUAAUGGCACUAGGAAAUCUGCACUGAGAUCACAAAACAAUAAGAAUAUACAUCUGGACACAAAAAUCGUGAACAUGAACUCUGACGAUGUUACUGAUACAUCUUUGACUUUAGGGGAUGUAAUAAGUCCAAGAAACAUUAAUAAAAAUAUAGAACUUGUUCAAAAAGGUAAUGGGAAAGAAGAUUAUUUAUUGUUAACACCUAGCUUAAGUACAAGUACUAGAAAAUCUACGCUGAGAUCGGGAAGAAAACAUGAUGAAGAUUUAUACAAGAUCGUGAACGCCCGCUCUGGUGAUGACACUGAUAAAUCUUUGACAUUAGAAGGUACUAAGACUCCCAAUAGCAGUAGUCAAACCACAGAACCUGACCAAAAAGAUGAUAAAGUUGAUUUUUUGUCUGUAACACCAUGCUCAAACACUGAUACCAGGAAAUCUACAUUGAGAUCACAAAAAAACUUGAAUGAAUAUCUAGGCACAAAAAUCGUCAAUACCCAUUCUGCUGAUGACACUGAUGAAUGUCUAGCUUUAGAGGAUAAUAUUAGUAAAAACAUAGAACUCAAUCAAAAAGAUAAUGAAAAUGUAGAAGGAGCUCUCAAUGAUUCCUUGACCUUCCAUCAGAUUACAAUAAGAGCACCAGAAAAUCGUCUAUGAGAUCUAGAAGCUUGGAAGUGAGGAACAGCUGCAAUGAUAAUGAGCCUAAAAAUAAUGAUCUGUCAAAAAUAAUUAUUACUAGGUCAUUAUCUCAAAUCGAUCAUGGAAAUAGCUCAUCAAAAGAAAAUAUUUUAAAUUCGAUAAGUGAACAUAAACACUCAGGUGCUUUAGUCAUAGAAAAAAAUGAUGGCAAAUUUCAGCAGUCCAUUAAAAAUAAAAUUCUGAAAGUAGUUGUUGUGCCUAUGAAAAACCUAACACUUGAUGGAAGAGCUCAUGGUAAAACGAUAAAACAUAAUAUUGAACCAUCCAGCCACCUUAGUGAUCACAGAACUACUAAAAAUAACCUGAUAGAGCUAGAACCACAUAAUGGUAUUGAAAGAAAUACUCAAAGUAAUGAUGUGGUGCAAAACUGUAAUUCAGAUAGCAUUGUAUCCCAGAACCAAGAACUUGUGUCCCUAGAUAAACCAUUUGUACAAAAUGACAUUCCUAAUGUUAGUGCUAAUGAAUCACUACCAAGGAAGGCUAAUCGAAAGAAGACUGAUGACAAGUCUUCCUUUGAAUUUGUAAGUCCUAGGCUACAAGCUAAACAAUUACAGCAGAUGGGAUUGAUAACAGAAGAUACAAGCUUUGCAUUCUACUCAGCAGUAGACUCUGUUUUGGCAGAAAUAAAAGUUUCACAGAAACAGCAUAAGUUGAACAGUCAGGAAAGGACAGAGUAUACUGAAAAAACUGAGGAGAUCAUAGAAAAUGGUCAUAAAGUAGAUAUUACUGAAGAAACUAAGCCAGUCGAUGUUAGCACUGUUAGUUAUGCUACUGCAACUCGGACUGAAAAUUUAAUGAAGUCAUCAAAUGACCAAAAUGAUGAUGAACAUGAAGACACAGGAAUAACGAAAAACAAAAAAAGCAGGAUAUCCUUUCAGAGUACAUCUGUCGGCUCAAGGAACAGUGAUGCUUCAAAUACUGAACAAAGUCUUGAGGAACUGAUAGUUGAUCGUCAACAAUUUUGCAAGGACAAUGGUGCUGUUGUAACUCAAAAUUCAGGUAUUCAUGAAACUACUUUAGACAUAACUGCUAGUAAUAAAUUGACUACAUCGGAAAUUGCCGCAAAAAGUGCACAGACAUCAGUAGGGGGCAUUUUAGUGCAUUUAUCGAAUGAACGUAAAGAUGUGGAAGGUUUAAAUGUUCAUUGUACAAGUCAUAUCAGUUUGGCAGAUAAACUUGAUGAAUUGAAAUGUGAUACUGGAAACUUAAACUUUGGAGAAAAUAUGCCACCCAUACAAAGAAGAGAUAGACCAAGAAAGCUGUGUGAAGACACUAUAUUAAAGGAGCAGAGAGCAGAAGAAAGUUCUUUAGUUGUCAUGGAUAGUUUUUCACGAACAAAGAGAAAAGGAAGUACAAGAAUAUCUAUAGGAUCAAUGGAAAAUAGUAUAGUAUCUAUUAAGAAAAAUUUAUCACAGGUCCAUAGCAAUAUAGGAGUUACAGAAAAUAGUAAAAUCAAGAGAGGAAAAGGUAGGCCCAGAAAGUCUAAAAAUUCCAGUUUACUGAAGGAAACUAUUGUUUCACUGGCAGAAAACACAAUAACUGUAAAUAAAGAAAGUAAAACAUAUGAUGCUCCAUUAGAAUGUCGAGAUAUUAUCAAUGAAACACUGGAAGUCAUACAGAGAUCUGCUUCAAGAAACUUUUCACCAGAAACAAGAAUAACUAGAUCAAGAUCUCAAGAGUUGGUAGAAAUGCAUGAUCCUGUGCCCAAUAGCACUAAUCACUAUCUACUUUCACCAGAAUAUUCCAUAGUUCAUGGUGAAAACAGUUUUGAACAUAAAUUAUUACAAAUUUCAGAAAGCAGUAGUACGUCCUCCAAAGCAAAUACAUCUGUAAGAUUAACAGAAAUCCAAAGAAAAAGUGUUGGUGAUGAUCAGAAGACGCAACAAUCUGAAUCUGGAAUGCAUACAAAAAGAGGAGGAAUGACUUACAGUUACGAAUUGACAUCCAAAAGUAAUGCUAAUCUUGAUAGACUUCAAACUGACAGUGAACUGGAUAUUUCAGCUGUAGUACCUGUAAUGAAUAAAACGUCUACUAAAGUAAGCCCAGACUCAGUGGAACUAGAGAAAAACAAUAAACAAAUAGGGUACCAUAAGGAAAGGUUUGACUUAGACAUGGACUAUGAUAAUAAGACAAAAUCUAUAGAAAAAUGGGUGAAGGAUCACGUAGAAUUAGUUAAUGCAGUAAGCAAAAGCUUUGAGCCUAACCAUUACAGUGAAACAAAUUUUGUCACAAAUCAUCGGAUACCCAAAGAAAAGACACAAACCAGAAAAGAAUCGGUUCCAAGAAGGUCUUUAACACGUGGACGAAAAUUAGUUGCUAUGCUUGAAGAUGAUAACAAGGAAAGUAUGACAAAAGAGACCAAAAUUGAAGAUAUUAGAGACAAUUGUCAUGAAGCAGCUCUUCAGAAUACUAUUCCUCAGAACGAGGAAGAGAGUGAUCAGAUCAGACGUUUGGCACGAAGUAACAACUCUAUGUUGGAGCAACAAACAUUGUUGGAAAAUAAAGUACAAAAUGACAGGAAAGACUUUGCAGAGGUUUCUGAAUGUACUAAAUCUAAUCCUCGGAUUGACGAAAAGAGCGACCAGAUCCGACGUUCGACACGGGGCAGUAACUCAAUAGAGCAACAAAGAUUGAUGGAAGAUUAUGCACAAGAUGCAAAUCAAAAUAAUAAGCUAGAAAACAAGCAACUGGUUAAUCGCCCUGAGAAUAGUCAUGACACAGAUACUGAAAACAACGGAAACGACGCCGAAGCAAAAUCAGGAGAUAGUUUGGACGAAACUAAAACUCGAUCUAGAAUGAUGGGUUACCGGACGACUACUUCUAUACUGCUUGAUCGAGAAAUGUCACCAGAAGAUACUACUGAAUAUACAAGGAGACUUUCAAGUGCGUCAGAUGAUGGCCAAAGUGGACCAGAAGCUAAUGGAAGUAACAAAAUUGCACCCGAGCAACGUCGUAGGCCCGCAACAAGUAUGAGAAAGAAGGGUAAAAAAUGUAUAAGUGCUAGUUGGUCAUCAAGGAGAAGUAGAAGCAAAAGUGUUUGUCCAUCAGGUAGUGAUAUGAAGUCCUUUAAACAUGGCGAUCUUACUUGGGCACAGAUUGGAUCAUAUCCUUAUUGGCCUUGCAUGGUUAGAUGUGCUCCUAAUACCACAGAAGUAACGAAAAUAUAUUAUAUAGGCAGAGGAAUUAGAACUGCUUAUCACGUUCAAUUUUUUGGGGACCAAGGAAGAAGGGCAUGGAUAAAUGUUACAAGGAUAAUGCCAUUUAACAGUUCCAAUGAUCUGAAGGAUAUGGUCGAGCGCCUUGCUGCUGAGGAGGGUGGCUACAAUAUGUUUUACCAACCUUUCAUGUUCAAGUCCCGUAGUAAACAAGUCAACAAGAAGUUGCAGGUUGCUGCUGAUGAAGCAGAAAGUAUGAAGUCGAAGACCAUUGAAGAAAAGCUAAAAUUCUUCGAAGACGUGAUAAACAAACAACGAGAGGGACAGUCAUCAUGUACCAAAAAGGUUUCCUCUAUAAAAAGUGCUAAAUCUAAGAGGACAAGUGGCGAUAUGGAAUGUCUUCCCUCUAUGAAAAUUGCAAGAGUCACAGAAGAAUCAACCACUAAGUCUCGGAGGACUAUAAAAGUGGGAUCGACAGAGGAGUCGAAACAGAACGAAGUUUUGAAAGCUGAAGGGGAGGAGCCAGACGACAACAAAAAAGACAUCGAGAACACUCCAAAACCUGCAAAGUUAGCAUUGAUGCUCCCACCAUUAGAAGAGUUGUAUUCCAUAGAAGCACAGAAAACAUUGUUCAAAAGGAAUAACCUAUUUAAGGGAAUGAGCAAAGAUAAGGUGUGCCAUUAUUGUUUGGAACCAGGUGAUGUACUACGAUGCAGUGCUAAAUGCAAUGGCAUUUACCAUUUAGAGUGUUCAAGGAUGGUGAUGUAUAAUAAGAUCGGUGGUAAGCGUCAGGCGAGCCUCAAAUGCAGUCCCUCCAUGAAGUCUGACGGGGAGCGAUCGGAAAGCGGUGAAGCAGACGACAGCCAUGUUCAGAUUGUCACGGUACAGUCUUCCAUUUACAAUACGCCGCCAAGGAAGAACUUUCCGCCUGAUUUCGAUAGUUUGUCCCUAGCUGAACAAAUCGACUACAAGAUGAAAGAAGUGAUGCGAAAAUUUGAAUCGAAAACAACAUAUGCCAAUGAAUCUUCCCGGUCUGCAUCUGCGAGUAGCGAAGACAACGGCAGUGAUGAAAAGGUAGUGAUAAGGCACGUGGCUGCCGAUUCCGUAAUCGAAGAGGUCGUUCCCAAACCAAAAAAAGCCAAGAACAACGUCGCUGUGAAACUGUUCUCAAAGUUAGAGGAGGCGAAUGAGAAUAGCGAUUUUAAAACGCCGAACAACUUGUUGGCCAACCGUCAUGUCACUGCCGACGACGUCGCAUUUGAAGCCUUAAUGGCGGAUUCAAAAAACUUCAAGUGCAGUUUUUGUUUAACGGACGUGGAGCCAAACUGCUUUGUAUGCCAUGAAAGAAUCUCGUCCAGAGGGAGUGAGGUGCGUCAGAAGUGCUCACUGUACCACUGCGGCCGAUACUUCCAUCCAAGUUGUUUGAAAAUGUGGCCACAAACGCAGUGGUCGAUCAUACAGCUCUCCAAGUCCAAGAAUGUGUCUGACAGCUUUGUGUGUCCGCAACAUGUUUGUCAUACAUGCGUUUCUGAUGAUCCCAGAGCUGCUACCUCUAGGUGUUCCUGUGACAAAAUAGUGAAGUGUAUGCUGUGUCCAAGGUCAUAUCAUUCAUCGAACCUGUGUAUACCAGCAGGUACCAAGAUACUCAGUACAUCUCAGAUUAUAUGCCCCAGUCACAGGAAGAGGGCUAACAGCUUGUGUAUCAAUACUACUUGGUGUUUCUUGUGUUCAGAAGGUGGUAAUCUUAUAUGCUGUGAAACCUGUCCAACGAGUGUUCAUCCAGAAUGUCUGCCAGUCAAUCUAACUGAUGAUGGCAAAUUUAUAUGUGAAGAUUGUGAAUCAGGCCGUUUACCCUUAUAUGAUGAGAUUGUAUGGGUUAAGUUAGGCCAUUUUAGGUGGUGGCCUGCGGUUAUUUUGUUCCCAAACGAAGUACCAUCCAACGUGAAUAUGGUGAAACAUUACACGGGAGACUUUGUUGUGAGAUUUUUUGGAACUUAUAAUUAUUAUUGGGUUAAUAGAGGAAGGUCGUUCCUUUUUCAAGACGGAGAUACAGGUGAUGGAAAUAAUAAAAUUAAAAAGCUAGAUAAGGAAUUCAAAAAGGCAGUUGAAGAGGCUACUCUAGCUCACAAGCUUAAACAAGAGUUCAAAAACACACAACAAGUGGAGUCACCCAGCUCGCAGAAGCCCCCGCCGUACAUCAAAAUCAAGGUUAACAAACCCGUCGGUAACGUACGUCAGUUGGACUUAGACCUGAGCAAUACAACGGCGUGCAACUGUGAUCCGAACCAGGAGAACCCGUGUGGUCCUGACAGUGACUGCUUAAACAGGCUACUAAUGACAGAGUGUAACCCCGAGGUGUGCCCUGCCGGCAGCAGAUGUAGAAACCAAUCCUUCGAGAAGAGGGAGUACCCUCCCAUAGCACCGUACAAAACACACGCAAGAGGCUGGGGCUUGAAAACAUUAAUGCCAAUAAAGAAAGGACAAUUUGUAAUUGAGUACGUUGGAGAAAUCAUAGACACAGAAGAGUACCAAAGAAGGAUACAAAAGAUGCAUGAACAGAAAGAAGAAAACUAUUAUUUUCUUACUAUAGAUAAUCAAAGGAUGUUGGAUGCUGGACCAAAAGGUAAUCUGGCUAGAUUCAUGAACCACUGCUGUCAGCCGAACUGUGAGACACAAAAGUGGACAGUAAAGGGUGAAACAAGAGUGGGGCUAUUUGCCACAAUGGAUAUACCAGCUGACACUGAAUUGACGUUCAACUACAACCUAGAAUGUGUAGGAAAAGAGAAAAAGGUCUGCAGGUGCGGAGCGCCAAAUUGCAGUGGAUUCAUCGGUGUUAAGGCUAAGCAGGAUGACUUAGCAAAACCUGUUAAAGUCACAAAAAAGAAAAUCUAUAAAAAGAAGCGUAAACUAACCGAACCAGUAGUAUCUCAACCUUGCUUUAUAUGCAACAAAAAAGAUAAUGUUUUUACAUGCAACAAUAAGAUAUGCAACAAGGCUUACCACUUGAAAUGCCUGAAGCUGGAUGCAGAUAAUUUUGAUGCGAGUCGAUUUAUUUGUCCUUGGCACAGCUGCGAUAUUUGUUCGAAGAGAACCAUAAGGUGCUGUGUGAAGUGUAUCAGAUCGUAUUGUCCUCAACAUUCGGAUGGGAAGAUUAGCCAUUACAGUACUGUAGGAUUUGUUUGUUUCAAGCAUGACCGAAUGAGAUACUCCAGGAAAGACAACAUAAAUCAUGCUACGGGACAACAGUCACGAUCACUAUCAAGAAAUAGGAAGGUUAACGAGGCGCCUCUAAAUUUAAAUAAAAAUAUGAAACGAAAAAAAGAUAAGACCAACCGUACACUUCUGCAACAUAAAGGAGCAUUCACACAUACAUCAACGACAGAUACGGAAAGUGAUGCGCCGUUAUCUCGCAGGUUAAAAAAGAUAAGACCGUCUAUUCCAAUGCAAACUGAAGCAACCUCCGGUAUGCCAAGUAGCGGAUAUGAGGAGAUUGACGAUAUUCCACUAGCACAAAGAUUAAGUUCUGCAAUCAGUAUAUCAAAGACUCCACAGCCAGAUACUUCGAAGGAUGAAGAGUCAAAUUUUGAGGCAGUUUCUGAAGGAGCGAAAAAUACAACUGUCGAUCCGGCUCAAUCUUUGCGCGAAAAACAAAAGUAUAGGAAUUCUGAAAUAGAGACGCAUCUUGCUGCUACGGGAUCUGAAAUUGAAUUAUGUAAUGUAAGUGAAACAAAGGCAACUGAUGAGACGCAGACACCUUCCGAAGAAAGUACAGUACAUAUAAAGGAUCUUCCAAGCUCUGAUUCUAAUACCGUAGCAUCAAAAACGUCUACAAAAGAACAGUCGCAGGAUGAAGUUCAUGACAUCGAGAAUAAGCAAGAUAUUCCAAAAACGAAGGGACAACUGAAAGAAUAUCCUAUCAACGUUGAAAUAGAUGACUCAAGUGAAGCUGCAGCUUACCAACAUCCCACCAGCAUUGAGACAGAAAAUUCAAAUGAAAAUGACAGUACAAGUAAAGCGUCUCAACAGGAUCUUAACACUGAAAUAAAAAACUCUUGUGAAGCAGUUGCCGUUGAUGACAUAUCUGAGCGAUACGUGCAACGUGAUGAUAGAGCAGUGACAGAAAAUCACAGUGAACUGUUAAAAAAUUCUGCACCCCAAAGCUCAAAACAAGGAGUUGAUAAGAGUACUUCUAGCAUUGCAAAGUUGGCUCAUAUGAAUGACAGUAAGUGUAAUGCCUCCCCAGUCCAGGAAUGUGGUGAUAAAGUAGAAUCCAAUCUUCCCAAUGAAGCAAGCGAUGACAUCACUAGUACAUCACGGCCUCCUGUUGACAAUUCUGAAAGUGAAAGAACACUAGAUACUUUAACUGAGAUUAAUGGAGACUUGAUAACUGAAGUUGAUGCUGAACUCUCGUCUAAGCUAGUGUCUAAUAAUGGCUUGACUGAUGAUUCACAGGACAAGGGUGAAAAACUAGAAGUUAAGAAACGUAAAAGGAAAAGCCAUAGAUUAAACACAAGAAAAAAAAUAUAAGUGUAUCUAUAAAAAGACUACACUGCCAUCAGUUUGUAAUAUUAGUGAAGUGUGUGUACAGUCUGAAUGUUAAUAGUAGGUUAAGUUGGGCCAACUUUUGAGGCCCAUGUAUAUUUCGAACUUUAUACGUUUCAUUUUAUGAGCAAACUAUUUACAUCUUGCAAACUAAGGAAAAAUGUUUCUGUUAUAUCUAUGUAUGUUAAAUGAAUACACAAGUUGUAUUCACGUAUGUAUUCAUAUGUUUAUCUUCUAGAUAUCUGGC